AUGAUGUUUCCUGAAGCCAGUGUGCCGGCCCUCCCGCCCAGCAGUGCCAGCCCAGAGGUGCCAAGGCACCAGGCGCAGCAAAGCCAGCUGGCAGCUUAUCGGAGAGCCAAGGGCCCGGCCGGCCGGCCCAUCUGCUCCUCACUGCCAGCCGCGUGCCUGUGGGAGGCGGGCCGUACGCCCAUCCAAGUGGCCGAGGUGCCAGCCACCGGGCGUCCUGGGCCAGCUGGCAAGCUGGCAAGACUGACCAGCGUCCCCAUCUGCCAGACGGUGCCAGAUGAAUGUGCAGGGCAUCCGGGCCCAGGGACCUCGGGGUGCCAGCCCUCCUGGAGUUCCAAGGCAUCGGAGGCCCUGGCUCUCUCUCCUCUUCUCUCUCUCCCACACUCCCUCCUGAGGUCGGAGAUGUUGCUCCAAAGGCCCUAA